AUGGCAUUCAAAUUUGUUUUAAUAUCUGCUUUAUUGGCUGUAGCCAGCGCUGGUGUUCUCAGUCCAGUUGCUUAUCACACUGCUCCAGUGGUAGCAAAAAUUGCUAAUCCCGCUGUUGACGCAGUAGCUUCGACACAUCAAAAUGUCGUACGCUCUUUCGGUGGCACUAUUUCUCAAUACUCGAAAGCUAUAGAUACACCUUACUCCAGUGUACGCAAAGAAGAUACCCGCAUUAGCAACAAUGUGUAUACACCAGCUAUAGCUAAGACUGUUUCAUAUGCUGCUCCAGCACCAAGUGCUGCCGUCUACACGCAUGCCACACCUGUAGUUAGCAAAACUGUUUAUGCUGCACCAGCUCCAACUGUUUACACUCAUCAUCAUGAAGCUGCACCAACCGUUUACGCUCAUCAAGAACCUGUACAUGCUGUUUACUCACAUCAAGAAGCUGCACCAGCUGUUUACACACAUCAUGAGGUUGCACCAACCGCUGCUGUCUAUACACAUGCUGCUCCAGCUGUAACUAAGACUGUUGCUUAUGCUCCUGCUCCAGCUGCUCAUGUCUAUCAACACCACGAUAUUCCAGCUACCGCAACAACCACCUAUAACCAUGGACCAGCUGCCACCACUUACAGCCAUAAUGCUCCAGGUGUUGCUGCUUAUGGUUCCAGUCAGACUGUACACUAUUCUCCAGCUGAAAUGGUAUCACAUAUGAGCUUCGAUGGAUUCGGCACUCACUGGGGCUUCUAA